AUGAACCGUCGCGAAGAGGUUCGCCGUCAGCGUAUCGAGUCGGAGCAGCGUCGCCGCGACGAGCUUCGGGAUGGUUACCGCCGGCUCAAGGACGUGCUCCCGGUGUCGAACCAGAAGUCAUGCAAGCUUGCACUUCUCGAUAGGGCGACGACACAUAUUUGCCACCUCGAGAUGUCCCACACGCAGCUCUUGACUCGUCUCCAGCAGGUCGAGGAGGAAACACUUCGUCUGCGCAAGCUCACGGAGCGGCUCGUGUUCAGUACCGCCGAUCAACGACAAGCGCUUCUCGAGCAGCAGGCUAGCGCGCGCUGA